GAGAAUUAUUAAAGACAUGUUUGAAUGCGAAAAAACUCCAUCAGUUCAAGGCUAAACAUUGAUCCAUGAAUUCUAAAAAGUUUGGAUUUUUAAUCGAAAAGAAAUACUUUUGGAACAGAAGAAAAGAAACAUUCAACGCAGAGUUUUACCAGGAAUUCUCCUCAGUUUUCCUUCUUUGAUUCGUCAUCUUCUUCCUCCGUCAGUCCUAAAAAAAAGGAGCCAUUUUUUUUUUCUGUUAAGAGAAAAAAAACUCAUCUUUGGUAGAGAAUAUAAUAGCAGGAUUUGCAACUGCUUUCUUUCCCAUUUAUUAUAGCGAACGACUCUCUCUCUCUCUCUCUCUUUCUCUCUUUCUCUCUCUCUCUCUGUAUUUGUGUGUUCAACGCAUCAAUACCCAUCUUCCCUAUAAAACCCUGGUGCAGGCAGAGGGUUCGAAAGCUCAUAAAAACUGAGAAGAAAAGGCGAGAAGAUCUGCAACUGAAAGGAAAGAGGUGAAGUUCUCUUGUUUCACCCAAGAGCUGAAUUGAGGGGUGCUUGUGAAAGAAGUGAGGAAUAAGCAUCCAUGGCUGCGGUGGCUGCAAGCGGGAUCAGCUCCGAGAAUCAGUUCAUCCAUUGCCAGCCGGCGCCUGGCAAUCAGGAAGCAGAAUAUCAGAGAGACGUGAGGAAGCUUGUGGAUCUUCUCUCCAAACUGAAUCCAUUGGCUAAAGAGUUCUUCCCGUCUUCUUACGCUGCAACUAGGGCUCAAACCGACGGCGGCCUCUCCGCCGAUGCGCCGGUUUUUGUUGGCUCAAACGAUUGCUGCAACAAAACCGACGGGGAUGGUAAUAAUGAUUCCGGUGGCGAUGGAUCUUCACACUAUCAGCCAUUGAAUCGGAGGAAGACAAAUGGAUAUAACCUAGGAAGGAAGAGGAUGAAUGAUAGGGUGAGAAGAGCUGAACGAGAGGAAAGCAUUAGGAGAACUGUAUAUGUUUCUGAUAUUGAUCAUCAUAUCACAGAAGAGCAACUUGCUGAAUUAUUUACAAGCUGUGGGCAAGUAAUCGACUGCCGGGUUUGUGGCGACCCCCACUCAGCUCUUCGAUUCGCAUUUAUAGAGUUUGACGAUGACGAGGGGGCGAGGGCAGCUCUCUCUCUUGGAGGGGCCAUGCUUGGUUCCCAUCUUGCCAGAGUUUUGCCAUCAAAAACUGCAAUUUUUCCUGUGAAUCCUAAAUUCCUACCUCGGUCCAACGAUGAAAGAGAAAUGGUUGUGAGGACUGUGUACUGCACAAAUAUUGACAGGAAGGUUACUCAGUUAGAAGUAAAACAUUUCUUCGAACAAGUGUGUGGAGAGGUUUCCCGUUUAAGGCUCCUUGGGGACAACCUGCAUUCAACUCGUAUAGCAUUCGUUGAAUUUGUUCAGGCUGAGAGUGCCAUUCUAGCUUUAAACUGUAGUGGUAUGUUUCUUGCAUCUCUUCCAGUUAGGAUUAGUCCAUCAAAGACGCCGGUGAGGCCCCGAAUCCCUCGAGCAGUGUCACAGUAAGCUCAUGAACUGAUUUGACAACUGAAGAGCUAUUGAAUUAUUAUUAUCUUAAAUGACCUAAGAUUAACUUUAUUAUCAUGAUCAUUUUAGUCUUACGAACAUGUUCAAAUCUUGCUGCUAGUCUUUUAUUCUCAUGGCAGAUCUUUCUUUUAUAUGUCAUUAUGAAUUCAGACAGCAAACAUUAAGGUGUCUAAAACCUGAUGGAACUAAGCUAAGUUUGUAGCAGUUCCAUCAUUGAUAUGAGCCAAUUAUGAUUUUUUUUUUUUUUUUAUUACUUCCAGU